CGGAAGUCAACCCACCUUUCUCCUUCUUGUAAAGAACCGAAGGAAGUCCAUACCGAAAACCGCACGGUUAUUAUAUUGAAUCGAAUCAGCAUUCGUCGCAUUAACAACAUUUAAGUGAAAUCAGAAAACUAUUUAUUUAUCACAUCGCUUUCCACGUUGUAUUUGUACACUUUACGAGGUGUUGCUGAUUCGUUAAUUCCUCGCGAUUUUGUUGUAUAGUUUAGUUGGUUUAAUUUCAGCGAAUUUAUGUCCUUGCAAGAAUAGUGUGAUAAUUAUUUUUGAAAAUAUUCCAGCUAGACAUUAUAAUUUACUUAUGUAAUAUCUCGUUCCGGAUGGUUAAGAAAUUUAAUGUCGCAAAUAAGUGCAUUUUUUUGCGUGAUAAAUAUGCAUUUGACGUGAGGAUUUGUGGUCGUCUUUUUGGAUAAAAAUAAUGUGAAAGGCAAUGGACUCCUUGAGUAAUGUGACUCAACAUUAUGCUGAUACCGUCGAUAAUAACAGCUGUGUGUCUCUGCCUGAUAGCAAACUUUUCGCACCAAUUCAAUCCCGACGAUGACUACUAUGAUCCACCAAAAUAUAACGACGACGUUCUCCAUCCAGCUCCCAUAAUCUUGGGAGAAGACGAUAGUGGCUGCAUCUGUAGAGAGGUUCCCAAUCUGCAUACGUUAUGCUUCGGAAGAUCCAAAUGUGAUAAAUUACCUAUAAAUAUAAAAAUUUCCACCAAAGUGUUGAGUAUUGUAAAUACGCAUAUACCAGAAAUCCAGCAAGGAGAUCUAGAUGAAUUGAAUUUUUUAAUAGAUUUAAAAAUAGAAGGGAAUUAUAAUAUGACUCGUAUAUCGCCAGGAGUGUUCGAAAAUUUUACCAAGCUGGAAAAUUUAUCAAUCAGCUUCAAUCCUAAUUUGAAGACUCUACAUGAAGAUACUUUUGUUGGAUUGGACAAUUUGAAACAGCUUUUUCUGACAAAAAAUGGAUUUACUAACCUGUACGACAUCACCCUGUCGUUAACACCGAUAACUUUACCAAAACUAUUAAAAUUGUCAUUGAAUGAAAACAAGUUUGUAAAUAUUUUCGAAAACGAUUUCGCACCGAUGGCAGACUCGUCUUUGGAAGAGCUGGAUUUGAUAUUGUGUCGCCUGGAGUAUCUGCACCCGAAUUGUCUGAUUCCUUUGAAUAAUUUACAAGGUUUACGUAUAGGGGAAAAUCUAUUCAAUGCAUCGACGAUAAGUAGAGUUUUGAAAAAAGUGGUUAACAAUAAAAUCCCUCUGAAACUGUUGAAUUUGUACUCGGCUGGUUUUAGAGGUAAUUUACCAAAAAAACUGUUAGAAGUGAUAUCAGUUUCCAAUAUUUCCCAUUUGAAUCUGGCAAAAAACCAAUUUGAAAUCAUUCCAUCAGGCGCUUUUCCAGCAAUGCCAAAUUUAAGAACCUUGGAUUUGAAAGAAGGGUUAAUUUCCGACAUAGCCGAUGAUGCUUUUGUUAAACUAACAAAUUUGGAAUCUUUAAUUUUAUCUGAGAAUGUUUUUUCUUCUUUGCCCAAAGGGGCGUUGCUUAAACAGUUAAAAAAGUUGGAUUUUCAGCAAAAUUCCGGUACCAACACUAAAGCAUCGUAUUUCGAAAUGAAUAAAGGCGUAUUUUCCAACAUGACAAAUUUGGAACAUUUGAAUUUGAAUUCAAAUAAUUUAGUACAUCUAUUUCGCGGCAGUUUCGAAGGUUUAAUUAAUUUGAAAGAACUAUUUCUCAGUAAAUGCACAAUUUAUCAUAUCGAAAGUAAAACUUUUACUUACGUCAGGAAUUUGACUUUUCUAAAUUUGGAAAAUAAUUAUUUCUUUCUUAAUUACCCAUCUGGGUUGUCAGAAGAUAUUUUUGAUGGUUUGGAGAAAUUGGAAGUACUUUUAUUAGGUGAAAAUAAGAUCGAGUAUUUAUCUAAAAAGGGAAAUCCAUUUUGGAAAUUAAAAUCUUUAAAAACUUUAGGCUUAGAAGGGAAUCGUAUAACAAGUUUGGACCCAAAGCAGUUUUUUUACUCAACACAGCUGGAAUAUUUGGAUCUAUCUUACAAUUUAUUUAAAAGUUGGCAAGAAAGGAUAUUUACAGAAAACUUUCACUUAAGAAUCCUGUUGCUUGAUCACAAUAAGCUGACUUAUUUCACUCCUUCCAUGUUGGAAGAUUUUUCAAACCUAACCAGACUCACCUUAGCGUACAAUUCUUUAAAUUGUGACUGUUUGAGUUAUCAAUAUUUUAAAGAAUACGCAGAUGAACACGAUGAAGAUAAAAUUGUUAAAAUAUUGAAAUCAGCUGACAGCACUUGUCUGACACCGUACAUGUAUUCGAACCACGUAGUUUACAAUGCUGUAGAUUACUUUAAACACGUUGAAAACGGUUUUAUUUCCUGUGAUAUUGAUCAACGUAUAAUCAUAUUGUUACCACUAAUAUUAUUAGUAUUAUUAUUUAUAACUUUAGCUAUGUUAUUAUUCUACUACAGAUGGCAUUUGAAAUAUUGGAUGUUUCUGGCUAGACUUCAUCUUAGCAGGAACAGAAAAAUCGAGAAAAAACCCGAUAAUCCCAAAUGUAAUUUCGAAUAUGAUGCCUUCGUCUCUUAUAGCGCUGAAGAUCGAAAUUUCGUUGUCAGAUUAGUAGCUAUGUUGGAAAACCACGAACCUUUUCUAAAACUUUGCGUUUAUGAAAGAGAUUUCCACGCAGGGAAAUUCAUUUCCGAUUGCGUUCUAAAAUGUAUAGCCAAAAGUAGAAAAACUGUUUUAGUUAUAAGCGACAAUUAUGCGAAAUCUCAGUGGUGUAGAUGGGAAAGUAGCAUUGCUGAGCAUCAUAGACUGUUUUUCGAGAAGGAGGAUGGUGAAUAUGUCGAUGAUGCACUGGUUCUUGUGAAAUUAGGGCCGGUGAAUAAAAGGCAUAUGACGCCCAUGUUGAGGUAUUUGUUAAAAACAAGGAUUUACUUGGAGUGGAAUGCAGACGAGAAGAAACAAAAGGUGUUUUGGAAAAAGUUGAGAAGUACUUUAGCACCGUCUCAAACUGAAGAAUUUUUAUCUGAAAUAACCCAUAUGUAAAUAGAUAUAGUAA